AUGGGCGCAAUCAAACGAAAAGCAGAGCAAGGCGCCACGCCAUCGAAAAAGGCGAAAAGCGCAUUGACCGACCGAUCAGCGAAGCGACGCAAGUCCGAUGUCGAGCAGACUUCACCAGCAAAGCCAAAGGCUGAGAGCGCUGCGCCCAAGCCCAGUGUUUUCAAGGACGAGGAAAAGUCGUUUCCCAGAGGAGGCGCCAGCGUCUUGACACCCCUAGAGCACAAGCAGAUCUCCAUCAAGGCAAACCAGGAUGUCUUGUUCGAGCAGGCGGGAAUCAAGCGCCCCGGCGGCGGCGGCGACGAUGGAUUCAGCGACAUGGGCUCCGAGGACGAUGAGAAGGCUGCGGCCAAGUCGAAAAAGAAGUUCCCUAAGAAGAGCAAGAAGUCGCACGAGAGCGGGGAGAAGGACGACGUUGUGAGGGCAAAGGGCCUGAGCUACAAGCAGAAAUUGUCAGCUGGUACAAUUGUACUUGGCCAGAUCAUUGACAUCUCCCAUCAAGAUCUCGUACUUGCGCUUCCGAACAACCUGGUCGGCUAUGUCCCACUUACCGCCGUGUCCGACAAGCUCAACGAGAGGCUAGAAAAGCUCCUCAAGGACGAGGGUGCAGAGAAGAAAGAAGGAAGCGAAGAUGGUGACUUCGAGGAUGUGGACCUGAAGGACAUGUUCUCGGUAGGGCAGUACAUCAGAGCAUGCAUCACAGCGACAAACGAGGAUAACGCGAGAGCAAGGAAGCGAUUGGAGCUGUCUAUCGACCCUAAGCUAGUCAACAAGGGCCUUACCAAACGGAAAAUACCUGUAAACAGCAUGGUCCAGGCUUCGGUAGUGAGCAACGAAGACCACGGUCUAGUCAUGGACUUGGGCUUGGGAGACGCCAAUCUCAAGGGCUUCUUGCCCAAGGGAGAGCUGGGACCUAAGAUACAGCAUGCCAAGGUUCAAGAGGGCGCCGUCUUCAUGUGCUUGGUCACGGGAAUCAACUCCGACGGACGCAUCGUCAAGCUCUCCGCCGACCACACCAAGGCGGGCAACAUCACCAAAGGCAACACAUUGACGGAAGCGCCAACCAUCGAUGUUUUCCUGCCGGGAACUGCAGUUGACAUUCUCGUAGCAGAUACCACAUCUAGCACUCUCGUAGGCAAGAUUCUCGGCCUCAUAGAUGCGACCGCUGAUGCCUACCAUUCUGGUGCAACUGAGAAGGCCGCCGACGUCUCACAAAAAUACAAGAUCGGCUCCAAAGUCAAAGCACGUAUCUUGUUCACAUGCCCAAACUCGGAGCCCAGAAAGGUCGGCGUAUCCCUACUAGACCAUGUUGUGUCGCUUUCCACACGCAUGUCUGGUAAGCCGAAGGAGCGCAAACCUCCGAUCGACCUACUCCCGAUAUCCACCAUUGUUGAGAGCGCCAAGGUCGUCAAAGUGGCCCCAGCCCAGGGUGCUUUCUUCGAUCUCGGUAUCAAGGACGUUGUUGGUUUUGCGCAUAUCUCGCGACUCUCUGACGAUAAGGUCGAUGUGAUAUCAGAGGAAUCCGGCCAGUUCAAGCUUGACUCGACACACAAGGCACGUAUCAUCGGAUAUAAUGCCCUGGACGGGAUCUUCCAGCUUUCCCUGGAGCAAAAGGUACUUGAUCAGCCAUUCCUUCGUAUUGAGGACAUCCAAGCUGGCCAGGUCGUCAAAGGCAAGGUGCACAAACUCAUUGCCGAUAAAACUGGAGCCGCUGCCGUCCUUGUUCACCUUGCUGACGGCAUCACUGGUCUGGUUCCGGAAGCGCAUCUGGCAGAUGUGCGUCUACAACAUCCAGAACGCAAAUUCAGGGAAGGCGUGCCUGUUACCGCCCGCGUACUCUACACUGAGCCCGCUAGACAUCAGAUACAACUCACCCUGAAGAAGUCAUUGGUCAACUCAGAUACCAAGCCCUGGACCAACUACGAGAUGCUUUCCGAAGGAUUGACCGGUCCUGGUAUCUUGACCAGCGUACGUCGUAACGGUGCCACGGUACGUUUCUAUGGCGAUGUCAAGGCAUGGCUUCCAGCGGCGGAAAUGAGCGAGGCCUUCAUUAACGACGCUACACGCCACUUCACAAACGGUCAGGUUGUGAAAGUGCGCAUCAUAUCCGUCGAUGCGAAGGAACGCCAACUUCUGGUGUCUUGCAAGGAUCCUGCUGCCGUCGACAACAACAGGGAAGCUGCUUUCAAUGCGCUCAACCCCAGCGACAUUGUGAAGGGCACUGUACUCGAAAAGUCUGACGAUAGCGCCACCCUGGAUAUCGGAAACGGAGUCAAAGGCAUCCUUCGCAUCGGCCAUCUCACAGACGGAUCGGCGAAGAAAGACAUCUCCACCAUGAAGAAGAUCCGCAUAGGUGGAACCUUGGAAGAGCUUGUAGUUUUGACAAAGCAUGGCAAAACCCGUUCGGCAACCGUCUCCAACAAGCCCAGUCUUCGCAAGGAUGCCCAGGCAUCGAAGCUCGCAAUUAGCAUCGAAGAUCUGCAAGCUGGAGAGACAGUACAUGGCUUUGUACGCGGCAUUCUGCCCGACAAGAUAUUUGUUGAGCUUGGAAAUGGCAUUAGUGGUGUACUUUUCAAGUCGCAAUUACCAGAAGAGAUGAUCUCUGAACCCAACUUCGGCCUCCGCAAAGACCAAUCUAUAAGCGCCCGAGUGACACACGUGGAUGUCGGAAAGGGUUUCUUCUGGUUAUCGAUGAAAGCCGAAUCAGAGUUAGAUUCAGCAAACACCGUCGACCCCCCUAUGAAGGCAGGAGAAACGCUAGUGGAUCCUGUGGACAGCAAGAUCCUAACGACCGAUGACAUCAAGUUUGGUACCCUGACCACUGUUCGUAUCAAGACGGUCAAGAGCACGCAACUCAAUGUUGAGCUUGCCGACAACGUGCAAGGACGAAUUUCUGUAUCGGAGCUGUUUGAUGGGUGGGAUAGCAUUCCAGACAAGAAGAACCCCACGGCACACUUCAAGAUGAAUGAGAAGGUUCAAGCUAGGGUCCUGGGUAGACAUGACGCGCGCAACUUCCGCUUCCUUCCAAUCACAUCCCGGUCGAACCACAAAACACCAGUAUACGAGAUGACCGCAAACACUGAUAAGAUCAAGAGGGAAGCGGACGUGUUGAGCCUGGACAAGAUAACACCCGGAUCGUCCCACACCGCGUUUGUGAACAAUAUCGCCGACCGUUACGUCUGGGUAAACAUCUCGGCCAAUGUUCGCGGACCUGGAAAGCUUGACCUGACAGCUGUUUCUACCGUGACUGGCAAGACGAUGAGCCUCCAAGAUAUCAAGGUGGGCUACAUACUGCCUGCACGUGUUACCAAGAUACACGAAGCAUCGAUAGUCGUGCAGAUCAACGAGAAGCUUGCAGCGCCCAUCUUCCUUGAGCAAUUGGCCGACGAUUACGACAUGGCGAAACCAAACAAGUUCAAAGUUGGCGACGUCUUGCGCGUAUGUGUCAUUGAUAUCGACAUUCCUAACAAGAAAUUAGGACUGUCAGCUAGACCUUCCAGAGUUCUGAGCUCGUCUCUAACAGUUAGAGAUCCCGAAAUCAAGGACAAGAGCCAGCUCAAGGUACAUCAGGUCGUUCGUGGCUUCAUCAAGCAUGUUGCCAGUAAUGGUGUAUAUGUGCGUCUCGGUCCCCAUGUUGAAGCCUAUGUCCGGGUCAGCCAUCUCUCGGAUGAGUACAUCAAAGACUGGAAGUCCGCUUUCCAUGUAGAUCAGCUCGUCACUGGCAAGAUCAUCUCGAAUAAGGAAGAUCAACGCAACCCUCAGAUGAGUUUGAAGACUUCCGUGAUUCAAGGCAACUAUACCGAGCCGUUGGAGUUCAGCGAUCUGAAGGUUGGCCAGAUUGUUACUGCGAAGGUGCGCCAUGUCGAGGAUUUUGGUGUUUUCCUUGUUGUCGACAACUCCAGCAACGUCAGCGGACUUUGCCAUAUUUCGCAACUGGCAGACAAUGCUGUUGACAAGGAUAAGAUUAAGGAUAUGUACAAGAAGGACGACGUUGUCAAAGCCAAGAUUGUGAAGAUCGAGCCGAAGCAGAGGAAGAUUAGUUUCACUCUGAAGUACUCGCAAAUUAAGGGCGAUGGAGAAGACGAAGACAUGGAGGAUGCUUCGGAAGACGAGCUUGCUGAAGAGUCUGAUUCCGACGGCGGUAUCGAGCUUGACGAAGAUGUCGACAUGAGGAGCGUCAAGAGUGCUGAGAGUGACAACGAUGUUGAGCUUGCAGAUGCAGACGAAGCUGAAGAUGAUUCUGACGAUGAGGACAUACAGACGCCUGCGCAAGGCCUCAGCACAUCUGGCUUUGACUGGACAGGUGCAACUCUCGACGCUGACCAACAGAAGCACGCGGCCGAUUCAGACUCUGAAAAUGAUACCCCGAAAAAGAAGAAGAAGAGCAAGAAGGCGUCUAUAAAAGAGGACCGCACUGGCGAUCUCGAUGCCUAUGGCCCUCAGUCAGUCGCCGACUACGAGCGCUUGCUACUUGGCCAGCCAAACAGCGCCGAAAUGUGGGUGCGGUACAUGGUGUUCCAACGCGAACUCAACGAGGUCGAGAAGGCGCGCCAAAUUGCUCGUCGCGCACUGGCAACUAUCAACCCGAGAGAAGAAAAGGAGAAGCUUGAUGUUUGGACCGCAUUGCUGCAUCUGGAAAACGACUUCGCUAGUGACGACACUAUCGAAGCGGUCUUGAAGGAAGCAUGCCAGAACAACGAUUCGCGCGAGAUGCAUGAGCGAACGAUCAAAAUUUACAUCUCAUCGGGAAAGCUCGACAAAGCGGAUAGCCUCUACCAAUCCAUGAUGAAGAACAAGUCCUUCACACAAGACCCUAAGUUCUGGCUUUCUUACGCAGCCUUCCUCAUGGACGUCCUGCAACCUCCCUCCGCAUCUCGAGCCCGCGCUCUCCUCCAACGCGCCACACAAUCUGUUGCAUCAAAUCAACACCGCUACCUCACCCAAAAAUUCGCCGCAUUAGAGUUCAAGUCUCCCAAUGGCGACGCGGAGCGUGGCCGCACCAUCUUCGAAGGCUUGAUCGACACAUUCGCCAAGAAAGGUGACGUCUGGGACAUGUAUCUGAUGCUGGAGCAGAGCCACGGCGAUGAGGACAAGGUACGGGAUUUGUUUGAGAGGAUGACCAAAGUGGGCAAGUCAUCGAGGGUUCGCAGUGUUUUCAAGAAAUGGGCUGAGUGGGAGAACGGUGUGGGUAACAAGAAGGGUGUUGAGAGGGUCAAGACGCUUGAGGAGCAGUGGAGAGAGAAGAAGGCUGAUGAGGAACAAACACUAGUAUACUAUGCCCAAUAG